UAUCAUAAUGAAGAUGCCCCAUUCUAUGCUUUACCUCUUCUUUCUUCUCUACAGUCUCACAGGCGGUCACGCGGUGCGGUGGACCAUGACUGUCCCUGCUCGGGUGAACGGUACAAAAGGACAGAGUGUGGUUCUGCCGUGCUCCUUCACCCACCCACAGCAGCAGUCCUUCAAGGGUGAGAUCCUCGUCAAGUGGAUAGUCAGAGACUUCUACGGGGACCCCAUUUUCCAGUGCAGCGUGAGCAACAGCACGGAGGGGAGGUCAGACAAUUGUUCGGACCCUUCGGCCCCUGGACGUUACUCUCUGUGGGGGAGCCCUCAGGAAAGAGACCUGUCACUGCUCAUCCGGGGACUGGAGUUCUCCGACAUCCAGCGAUAUUACUGCAGAGUGGAGCUGGACAGGACGAGAAGAACCAUGUACCAGCACGGGACGGGGACGUGGCUCCAUGUCUCUGGUCCGGCUGAGAUCCUCAAUCUUUCUGUGGUGCCAGGGCCCAUGCCUGGCAACAGCAGCCUUGAAUGCAUGGCUGAAGGGAAUCCGAGGCCGACCUUGACCUGCCAAUCUUCAGCUGGCCCAGUGCCCCGCAGCCUGGUCACCACAGCGACGGAUAGGUUCCGUGUCACAGUUCGUGUUCCCAUGACCUCCCAGGACACUUACGUCUGCCGGGCUACGAACCAGGGCCGUCUGCCCUCACUCUCGGCCUGUCCAUCUCUGCCUCAUUGA